AUGAAGCUUCUUGGGUCCGAUGAUGAAGAUGAGGCGGGGCCUAGCUUGGAAAUAAACAAGAACUACGCCGAACGAUAUGAUAAUUGGAGAAGGUUAGAAGAGCUACAGAAAAUCAAGGACAAAUACGGCGAUGAUGUAAAUGAAACUUCUUCAAGUGAAGAAGAACCUGAGUGGAGUGCUGCAGAUGAGAUGCGCUUUCUUCGGACGCUUAGUGCUCUUAAAGGCAAUGACGUAGCCAUUUAUGAUGAAAAGUCGAAUUUCUGGCAAGCUGAUGAAAAACAGGAAUCAGUUACCCGAGAAAAGAAGACGAAGAAGGAGGAGCCAAUGUAUUUGAAGGAUUAUGAAAGGAAAUUAAUUCUAGAAAAAGAAGGACAAAUUGAUGAAAGUGACGAAGACGACGAGCGCAAACAUUCGAAUUAUUUCGAUCAACAGGAGCAAAUUCGGAAUGCGCUUCGUCAAGCAGUUCGAAAUCAGGGAAGUGAUGACGAUGAUGAUAGUCUUCUUGUUCCCAAAAUGAAGACAAAAGAAGAAAAAGCUCAAGAAGAUGAAGAUUUUUAUUCGUGGAUGAGAGCUCGUGAAGGUGAUGAGAUUAGCGAAAACGAUGAUCUUAAAAAUCUCAAAGAGGCCUGGAGGAAUCCAGAUAUUGACGAAAGUGAAAAGUUUCUGCGAGACUAUCUAGUCAAUAAGGAUUUCAUUCCCGAAGUUGAAGACCGUAUGGUUACAUUAGACGAUCUCCGAGAAAUUGAAGAAGACGAGAAAGACCUUGACAGACAACGGGAUUUUGAGCACAAGUACAAUUUCCGGUUUGAAGAACCAGAUCAGGAAUUUAUCAAGCAGUACCCAAGGACAGUUGGAGAGUCGCUAAGGAAAACUAAUUCCAAGAGGAAAGAAAAGAGAGAGGAAUACAAAGAGAGGAAAGAAAGGGAGAAAAGGGAACGCAAACAGGAAAUCCGGGAAAUGAAAAAAAUGAAGAAAGCUGAAAUAGAGAAGAAGCUUGAACGGCUCAAAAUGAUGGCUGGAGAUGACAUCUCAAUAAGUGUCGAUGAUUUGGAAGGCGAUUUUGAUCCUAAGGAGUAUGAUAAGCGAAUGCAACAAAUAUUCAACGACGAUUAUUAUGGGAAGAAUGAAGAAGUCCAUGAAGAAGAUCAAGAAAAGCCUGUUUUCAGCGACAUGGAAGAUUUCGAUGCGGCAAGUGACAGUAGCGAUUAUGACAACUUUCCUAUUUCCACUGUGAAUUGCGAUAGUAAUGGCAAGGAACACGGUGAAGCAGAGAAAAAUGAAGAAAACGGAACUGAAGAUCGGACUUGUAAUGGAACGUCUGCGCGGACAAAAGAGGAUUCUAGAAGAAAAAAGAAACGGAACAGUAAAUUUCGAGAAGCUGUUCGAAGAAAAAAACCCAUCUUCGAUCCAAAUGAGAAGACCUUUGAAGAGUACUUCAACGAAUACUAUGCUCUUGACUACGAGGACAUUGUUGGUGAUAAACUCACCAGGUUCAAAUAUCGACAGGUGGUUCCCAAUGACUUUGGUCUAUCCGUUGGUGAAAUUUUGUCCGCCGAUGACAGACAGCUGAAUGCAUGGGCUUCGCUCAAGAAGGCGACUGGUUAUCGAAGUGAACACGAAGAAAUCGUUGAAAAGAAACGAUACGAAAAGAAAGCUGCUGAUGUUAAGAAGAAAGAAAAAAUCUUCAGUACAGACUUUGGCGGGAAGAAAUCCAAACUGAAGGAGGAGCAGAAGAAUGAAGAGAAAGUUGUGCAAGAGGAGACUGCGAACAGUGUGGAACCGAAGAAGAAGAAAAAGAAAAAGAAGAAGGAUAAAGAGCCAACGAUGGAAAAUAUCGAGCAACCGUCUCCCAACGAUGAAAUUGUUGUGCCUGGCAAGAGUUUUACUGAGCAGAAUGGAGAGACAGCAAAGAAGAAGAGAAAAAGAAAACGAAAGGGCGAAAUUCAAGUACUUUCGGAAUCUCUUGAUUCUGUUGCAAACCAAUCGUCAUCGGACCAACCGAAACUAAGGAAGAAAAAGAAGGCUCAAUCAGCUGAAGAGGAUCUCAAUAUCAACGAUGAUCGUCUGCGUGCUUAUGGUAUCAAUCCUAAGAAAUUUAGAAACAAGAUUAAAUUUGCCAAGAAGAAAAACCAGGCGAACGAAAUAGUGGUAGUGUCCAGAGAAGACUUCAGACGUGAAAAAAGAUGGGCGGAAUUGCAGGUUGGGGAAGUUGUCACAACGAUCCCCACUAUAGGAUUCAAUGUGGAGCAAGUAGAAUACAAGAACCUCAAGUUUCAGGUAUGGGAUCUUGGAGGACAGACUUCUAUUCGCCCAUAUUGGCGAUGCUAUUAUGCGAACACCGACGCUAUCAUAUAUGUUGUCGAUUCAGCUGAUAGAGACAGGGUUGGAAUAUCGCGUCAGGAAUUAGUGGCAAUGCUUCAGGAGGACGAACUUCAAGGGGCUAUUCUUGCAGUUCUGGCAAAUAAGCAGGAUAUUGCUAACUGUCUGACACCAGCCGAAGUUCACAAAGCUUUGGGUUUGGAGGCGCUACGCAAUCGAACAUUCCAGAUCUUCAAAACAUCAGCAGCAAAGGGAGAAGGACUUGACGAAGCGAUGGAAUGGUUAGCAAAUAAUUUGCAGCAGAGGAAAUAA